AACAUAUGGUUCUGUUCAUACAGGUUUCAAAGAGUUUUCCGGAGUGUCUGCAGGUGGAUAUCUGCCUUCAUCUCAAUCGGAAUCUGCUUAACAACUGCCCCGCCUUCCAGAGAGUCUCGGCAGGUAAGGACGCCUUUUUCGGUGAGAACGUUCAAGACCUGACCAACAGUGGGAAGUCUCUGUACUUUGUUCACGCCCUGACCUACUGCGAUAUCAACAAGAUCGAGCUGUCUGUGCUGAAAGAGACGCUUUAUACGUGCCCGGAGUUUGCACAGGAAUUUAUGGGAAAGAUACAGGAUACAUUCAACCUGAAACGGGGUGUGUUGACGGAAACCCAACGGCAGACGAAGAUGGACGACGAAACACUCAAAUUUAUCCGUCAGAAGAGACCGCACAUGCAAUCGAAAGGCAGACGCCAUGUCUAUGACGCCGACCUCACGACCGGUAGAUCCGGCUUCCGUAGAAAAGCUCGCCAUUAGACGGCGCCUCCGUCGUCUGACCCAGAUGACGACCAAGCGUCUCGGGCGAUCGACAUUUCACCGGAACAAGCGUCUAGUGAUAUCGACGUAGA